AUGAAGCCUAUUUUGACGUUCUCGCGAUCCUUUCACCCCCUUAACGGCCCGACAACCAAAGCACGAGGGACAACAAAUGCCGCGCUGAGGUUCCACAAACCUCCCAUCCUCCUAGCCACGAUCCUCCACGCAGAUGGGUGUGUGCGGCAUUUCCACGCCGUGGCUGUGAAAUAUCGUGGCUAUGGAGGAUCGUGGCUGGAGGGAUCGUUGAAGGGUUCCGUGGCUGGAGACUUCUCGGCCAACGGUGCCACGGGCGCGAAAGGGAGUGUGCGUGCCGUCUGGGGUGGUUCUAUCUGGACUGAAGGAGCUCUGGCUGAUGACAUCACCAUCCAGGGCAGUGUCGACGUGCAGUAUGGCUGCAUACAGCGCGGCCACGCCGGUGAUCUAGACCCGUGGCUCACGCAUGCGGCGUAA